AUGACUGCUGGUUCAGUGUGUGUCCCUCAGAUCAUACCACUGCGAGUUCCUCAGCCUGGAAAAGCUAACCAUGAAAUUGAUAACAAUACUCUUUUGGAAAUGAAAUCAGAUACCCCAGAUGUCAAUAUAUAUUAUACCCUGGAUGGCAGCAAACCUGAGUUUCUGAAGAGAAUUGGUUAUGGUGAAAAUAAUACAUUUAAGUAUACAAAACCCAUUACUUUGCCUGAUGGGAAAAUACAGGUUAAAGCUAUUGCAGUCUCUAAAGAUUGCAGACAGAGUGGAAUUGUAACAAAAGUGUUUCAAGUGGGUUAUGAACCACCAAAGAUAGUUUCUUCUGAAGAUAACAUUGAAAAUGUUCUCAAAGAUUCUUCAAAGCAGGAAUUGAAAAAUGGAUUUGAUGGAUCAAAACUAAGGAAGAAAUACAAGAAUGCUGAGAAUAAAUCUAGUUGGAAUGUUAACCUUAGAAAGUUUCCAGACGUUGGACUAAGAAAGCACUGCAAACCCCCUGGAUUUGCCCACAUAAAUGGCCGUAAGAGUCUGACAAGCACGGAGGUCAUGAGGAUUCAAAGGGAGACAGACUUUCUCAAGUGUGCCCACUGCUUGGCCCCCUACCCAACAGAUCCCUAUGCUCGCUUCUGUCAAGAAUGUGGAGCUCCUGUCCCACCCAUCUUUGGCUGUCGGCUUCCACCCCCAGAAGGAGCUCAGGAGAAGGUGAUUUGCCGUGCCUGUGGUACAGGGAAUCCUGCUCACUUGAGAUACUGUGUCACCUGUGAGGGGGCCCUGCCUUCAUCACAAGAGUCAAUGUACAGUGGAGAUAAAGCCCUUCUCACACCUUCUUAGAAAGGAGAGAUCAUUUCCUGUUCUCAGUAAGGUUGCUGGAACCUCUGGGAUGCAUCCUUUCUGGCACCGCUUAAUCUUCCUGCUAGCCACUCUGUUUGCCCUAAAUGUGGGGCCAGCAAUCACCUGUCUGCCCAGUUCUGUGGCUCCUGUGGCAUUUAUGUGAAGUCUAGGAUAAGACUCAGCUUGGACAGUGGCCUGGCAUUAGUUGCUGGAGAACCUGGCCCUUUCCCUGAGCCUCGACCUGCCUGGCAAUCUCUAAAUGUCCCCAUAUCUCAUGAUGGGACCAGGAAGAAUAUGGGCACACAAACUGCUGGCCUGUUCUACCCAUCUGGCAAGCUGCUUGCACAGAAGGAACUGGAAAUGGCUUCUCACAAACAGAGGCUGGAGAAGAUGAAUGACCACAAACCCUUCAUCACAGCCAUCAGCCCAGGAAGAGGAUACUGGAGGAAACAGUUGGAUCACAUCUCUGCUCACCUCAGAUCUUACGCUCAGAACAACCCUGAAUUCCGGGCCUUGAUCGCUGAACCCAGGAUGGGAAAGCUCAUCUCUGCUACUGUCCAUGAGGAUGGCUGUGAAGUUAGCAUCAGGCUGAAUUAUAUUCAAGUCUCUAACAAGAACCUGUAUCUGAACAAAGCUGUGGAUCUCAGCGACCACUUUCUGAGCGGUGUUGCUGAGGGCGGUAAUGGGCUGUACGGCAGCAGGUCCAGCCUGGUGAGUGACUACAGCCAGUGUACAUCAGACACCUCGGAAAGGGUCAAGCGGAUGAGGAAUCCCAAGACCAAGAAAUUUCACAAAAGGAAAGAACAGCUUGUACCUGAAAACAGACUCCUGCUGGAGGAAGUUGGCCCUACAGGAGAAGGAAGAGUCUCUGUGCUUGAACAGCUGCUAGAUGAAGGAGCAGACCCCAACUGCAGUGAUAACGAAGGCCGGCCCGCUAUUACUGUGGCUGUUGUGAAUAAGCACCAUGAAGCCAUUCCAGUUCUCGCUCAGAGAGGAGCAGACAUCGACCAGCAGUGGGGACCGUUCAGAAAUACAGCUCUUCAUGAAGCAACCCUGCUUGGCCUGGAGGAGAGUGUCACCAUGUUACUGGGAUGCAAUGCAAGCAUCCAAAAGAAGAAUGCAAGAGGCCAGACAGCAUACGAUGUGGCUCUGGAAAUUGCGGAUGACCUCAUCAUCAAGCUCUUUGCCACUAAGUUCAGCCAAGGGCUUGAGGACCAACCCACCCAAUCCAAGAACCUCAGCUUGAGUGACUGUAAGAUCUGAGGUAGCCAUGGAGCUUUGCCAAGAGGAAAUCACCCUGCUCUGGCUGCUCUUUGUUCAUUUGUGAAAUGUGUAUUUAGAUUAGGAGUUGAGGUUGAGAGGAAUUCAUUAGAUUAUUUAUUAGUGUUACAUCUCUAAUGCCAUAUGCAUGGCUCCCAACGUUCCUUGGAUUGUGAUUUACGUCAUGUAUGCUU